CCACCGAUACUACACGUUUAUGCCAUAUUUGACUCACCGUCUAAUUCCGUUAAAUUUGUCAUACGUAGCAGUCAAAGCUUAUGUGUUAAUUAAAAAAUAAUAAAAAGAAGGUAGGGAAGUGCGGUACCCGGUAAUGUUGACAUGGACAUGACAUACCUUAUCGUGUUACCACUUGUGCAUAAAAUCAAAAGGAAACGAACAUCUGUCAAUAAAGGUUGCGAACUAUAAGGUCCCGCCACUUAAAUAAAUGUAACCCUUUUUGUAUGUUUCAAGAAACCUAGGAUCGAUCAUGACACAAAGAAUUUAAUAAAGGGAGAAAGCACAUUGGACCACCACUUGCAUUAUUGUUUUCGUGAGUGCAUGAUAGGAAUAUGUAACGUAUAUGGUUUUCACGUGAGGUUAGGCACAUUUAUGUCAUGCAUGCACAUUUCGCCAAAAAAAAAAACCAUGAAAACAUGCCAUGCAAUGCAUUGGCUUUGGUAUAUGUGCGUUUUUAUUGUCACCAACUAAUAAUCGAUUAUAUUAAUUCGAGUCGUUAGAAAAAGUUCAAUUUACUAACACACUGCUAAAAAACGAAAUCUUUGAAAUUUGUACAGUCCAACAAAGAGAUACAAUGUGAUUAACAUAACAUAUAGUGAUUAACAAUGUGAUUAUCCAAAUUACAAUGUGAUUAACAUUUAGUACAAGACAUCCCACACCACAAAUGUUUCUGAUAUGACUUCCGAUAUGGUUACACACUCAUUGGCAAUGUUUUUUUCUAGAUCAACUAAUGACGGCCUACAGAACGAAACCCGUCUCGAAAACAACGGUCAAGAGCCUUGCCAUAAUGCAAGGGUUGAUUGGAGCUUCGUUUUGGCCACGAUUUUAUAAGUCUUAAUGACCAAUAUGCUGAAGUUGAUCAAGUGUUUAAUAACACAGGUUUGAGAAAGCUAAUCUAUGUGAUUCUCAAAAACUGGUUCAUUUCAAAUUACUUGAUCUGGCGUGAAUCUUAUACCUUUACGUACGGAAGUUCUCCCUAACAAAAAAUAUGAAUCAAGCAUGCAACAUUUAGACCAUCGAAAUCUCUAAUUGUAUGCAACAAAUCAAUAAUUAAAUCGCCUCUCUCAGAAGUUUCCAGAUCAGCUGCAGUAUGUUGUCCUCUUCAUGCCAUGCAUGUAAAAACUCUAAAGCCAAAACAAAGUGUGGGCCGGCUGUGUUUGGGCUUUAAAUGGGCUAGGCUCGGUUGAGGUAUUCCUUCAAAUGAGGCCCAACCCAAUUCCCAUCAUAGAAGAAGAAACUGAGCAUUUUAAAAUCGACAUCCCCAAUUUCCUCCUUUCUCUACCCUAGGGUUCUUAGUUCCUACAUUUUCCCAAUCAAUCGAUCUUCGGCUAUGGAUACCCAACAGCCCCCUCUUCUGUCUUUGGAUGCCAAUCCCAAACUUCCGAGCGACGAAUCCGCACCUGGAUCCGACUCUGGCUCCCCAACGAGCGAAACUGGGCUUGAAUCGGAGCCGAAGAAGCAAAAGCUCGAGGAAGCCGGUGGAGGCGACGACGACGAGGAGGUCGCCGAUGGUGAUGGUAGCGAAAAUGAUGAAGAGGAGGACGAUGAGGAUGUACAAAUAAUAUACGUCGAAGAGGAAGACGACGGCACGGUCCGCGAAGAGUUCGUUCAGGCGCCGUCGGAGCCCAUAAUCUGGUAUCCUAAAGACAAGGAAGGACAGAAGAUAUUUGAGCGCUAUUUUGAGAUCGUCAAGGAAAGCGAGGGAUUUGAUAUUGGCGAGCUUCCUCCGGUAGACGUCAUUGAACGAGGGGUUGUGCCAGUGGAUUGGGAAUCUGAAUUUCAGAGCAACAAUGUCGAGAACUGUGUGAUUCAUGUGAUUAGGGAAUACAAUGAAGAAAACAAAGGGGUGUCGGAGCUGCGACCUGAUGAGAUUGAGAAGGCCAAUUUGAGUUCUUGCGGUGGUGAGAACUACUACAUCACCUUCGACGCUACUGACCUGCUGUCGCCCGAUCCUAAUCUCGCGAGGAAAACCUAUCAAGCUGAGGUUUAUCGGAACAUCGAAGGUGGCGUUCUAUCGACCACUCUGUUCCGCGAGAAAGGCCAGAAACAGUUCAUUUAUGUAAAGGAGGACCGCCAAAUCACCUAUAUCUGAAUCUGAUGCUUGAGGAGGCUCAAAGGGUUUGAAUGGGUUAGUUAGCUAGCUACUGUUGCCACUGAAUCUUUCAUUUUAUGCCACUCUUUGUAAAACUGUGAUGCAUGAUGUCUGUAUUGGUCCGUCUCGUUUGAGUUUGCCCUGUGUGCUUGCCAUGGUUACAACUUACAACAUGCAGCUGGGUUUUUGGUGCCUGUUGUCGUUGAGUUUCUCUGUGGUUACAACAUGCAACUGGUUGGUGUCUGUUCCGUUUGAGUUUCAAUAGCUUUGUUAGAAAUGCUUAUCUGAGUAUAGAGACAGUCGCUUGAUCUUUGCUUCAUUUGCUGUGUAUUCUGUCGACUUGGUGUCUCUUAGGUAAGAUAAGCAUCGUUGUGAUCAGAAAGAUGUACAUUUCAUGCGCAUGGUUGUCUGCCCUCUGAAGACAGUAUGUGAAGGUUUCUUGCUUUGGCUUUUGGGUAUGUUAAGCUGAUGUACUUUUAUGCUUGUUAUUUUCGCAGGUGCAGUGGCUGAGGAGUCCUGAGUUCUCAACUAAGGCAAUCGUUAUGAGUUUGAGGCCCGUAUUGCAUAGUGGUACUGGAACUUAACUAUAGAGUAGUUUAUCUCUAGAUCUCAUCUGGUUAAGUUAACAAUGGGUGUGUUCAUUUGGGUGUUGGAUUUCUUGUACUAGUUUGCUCAUAUCAACUUGAACGCACUCCUUCGACCUAGAGGAGAGAUGGGUUAUUGAUGAGGGCAAUAACGGAACAAAGCAAAGUUACGAGGGAGAUAGUUGGAACAAAUAAUUAGGUAGAUAAUCCCUGUUUAUAAUUUUAGUUUUCUUAGCUUUUUGGUAGAGAUUAAUAAUUGGAGGAAGUCAUUACCAUUAGUGAUGGCAAUAGGCGGGGUGGGUGCAUCAGUAACCAUGUAUAUAUCUGCUCCGUGGAUGCUCAUUCUUAUAUGUUACUUGAAAAAAGAAUGUCGGUAUCUAACUCUUUAUUAAAAAUAGGUAAACUAAUUUUGAUUAGUGUUGGAUCAACCUUUACAUUUUACAGCCAACGACGUAUUUGAACCAACAAAUUACACCAAAACUCUAUUAAAUGAUUGUCGUUUGAAUAGUUUUGAACUUUAACGACGGACAAUACUCCCUUUCUUUAUUUACUUGUUCUUAUAUCCUAUGAACAUGAGCAAUGUUUCAAAAAUCAUCGCUAAACAGAGCUGACAGUGGCUCCUUUUCGAAGUAAGGAUUAUAACUAUUGCUAAAAUUGCAUGUCGAUUUAACAUUCAAUUCGUAUAAUAUAGUUUUACAAACACUACUCCGAACAUCAAGGGCUUCUAGCUCGAUGGCAACCAUAAGCAUGUUACACAAACCAGAGGCGGACCCACCUUGUAGUAAGGUGUGUCACCCGACACACCUUGCUCCGAAAUUUUUGUGAGGAACUCACAUUUUUUCGGUGUAAAAAAUUCGUACAAAGAAACUCGGACACACCUCCAAUAAUUAUAAUCGACACACCUUAAACUUGUUACAUUACAAAAAAAAUUAUUGUGAUAAUAGUAUUAAAAUAUGUAAAUAUAGGAGUUAUCGGAUUUCAUAUUAGGUAGUUAAUUAGCUAGUUGUACAAGAGUAAACAAUUAAUUGACUACUUACUACUUAGUGAGUAUUCAGAAAGAUAGCUAUCACCUUACAGAUAACCUCAAUAAAUUGAAUGAUAAUUAAAUUGAUUAAUAAUCUAGUUGAGUCACGUAAUUAGAUAGUGAAUUCCAUAUAGUCUUUCCCCAUAACUUCUUCCAUGGAUUCUUCUUAAGUUAACAUUCUACUUGCUUUCUAGUUUAGCUAUUUCUUUCUACGUUGACGCCUGUCGCCAACAUCUGGUUGUCGGCAUCGAGCCGACGACAUCCUCAUUCUCAUUCAAACUUACACAUUGACGCCUGUGGCCACCCUUCCAGCUUCUCAUACCAGCUUUCUCAUAUUAAAUUAGUGUUGACUUU